AUGGUCAAGGCUGUUGCUGUUCUCCGCGGAGACUCCAAGAUCUCCGGCACCGUCACCUUUGAGCAGGCUGACGAGAACUCCCUUACCACCGUCUCCUGGAACAUUACCGGCCACGACGCCAACGCUGAGCGUGCCUUCCACGUCCACCAGUUCGGUGACAACACCAACGGAUGCACCUCCGCUGGCCCUCACUUCAACCCCUUCGGUAAGGGCCACGGUGCCCCCGAGGAUGAGGACCGCCAUGUCGGUGACUUGGGUAACUUCAAGACCGAUGCUGAGGGCAACGCCGUCGGCUCCAAGCAGGACAAGCUUGUCAAGCUGAUCGGUGCCGAGAGCGUCCUGGGCCGUACCCUGGUCGUUCACGCCGGUACUGACGACCUCGGCCGUGGUGGCAACGAGGAGUCCAAGAAGACUGGCAAUGCUGGUCUCCGCCCCGCUUGCGGUGUCAUUGGCAUUUCCGCUUAA